AAAGAUCAAGAUUCUGGUGAUUCUGGCGAUUCUUAUAGUUCCGUAGACGAGGAAAAUACUGAUUCUGAAACUUCAAAUACGAAUUCUGAAAGUAUUUCGGCUUUAUUGGUAUCUUUGUCAACACCUGCAAUCUCUUCAGAUCAGUCAAAAGCAAAUGAUGACACUUCCUCCGUAUGCUCUAUAUGCUUACAUAAUUUUCAAGAUCGGAGCUAUCUAGAUCCGU